AUGAAUAAUUCACAUCAGUUUAAUCGAGAUCGUAAUCAGGAUCUAAGCAAUAAAACCCGAACAAAUACAAACCAGAUCAAUAAUGCUUUAAAUGCUAUUCAACACAAACGAUCAGCGUCCGAUGAAAAAAGAGAUCGAACAAAGUAUACCACAGACGAGGGCGAAACGAUUUCGACGGUUGAUAGAGCUGUCAGUUCCGUCACCCCGCCAGCGUCAUUCAAACCAUCAAAUGAACAAGUGUUUUUGCGCAACGGAUUACCUAAUUGUGACUUCAUAAAGGACCAUUUUUUUCAUGAAGGUAGGUUGCAGGAAGACCAAGCAAUUAAAAUUGUGAAACAAGCAACACAACUACUUACUGCUGAACCCAACUUGUUGAGUGUACCGGCACCAGUAACCAUAUGCGGUGAUGUUCAUGGCCAAUACUACGAUCUUAUGAAGUUGUUUGAAGUUGGUGGUGACCCUAAAACAACCAAGUACUUGUUUUUGGGAGAUUACGUGGAUAGAGGUUCAUUUUCAAUUGAAUGUUUGAUUUACUUGUACGCUUUGAAAAUUACUUACCCCAAUUCCUUUUGGAUGCUUAGAGGUAACCACGAAAGUCGUCAUUUGACUGAAUACUUUACUUUCAAGAAUGAGUGUGUACACAAAUAUUCUGCACAAUUGUACGAAGAAUGCAUAACUAGUUUUAAUGCAUUGCCGUUGGCAGCCAUCAUGAAUGAACAAUUUUUCUGUGUCCAUGGAGGUAUAUCGCCACAAUUGACUGAUUUGGACAGUGUUCGCAAAAUGAAUAGGUUUAGGGAACCACCUACCAAGGGAUUAAUGUGUGAUUUGUUAUGGGCCGAUCCAAUUGAAGAGUAUGAUGAAGAUAAUAUUGACACCGAGUACUUGAACAAUGCGGUAAGAGGAUGUUCCUAUGCAUUUACCUAUAAAGCAGCGUGCAAGUUCUUGGACAGAACAAAGUUGUUGUCCAUUAUACGUGCACAUGAAGCUCAGAAUGCAGGAUACAGGAUGUACAAGAGGACGAAGACCAUGGGGUUCCCAAGUUUGUUGACAAUGUUUAGUGCACCAAAUUAUUUAGACAGUUAUAACAACAAGGCGGCAGUGUUAAAGUAUGAAAAUAAUGUCAUGAAUAUUCGUCAAUUCAAUGCAUCACCACACCCAUAUUGGUUGCCCCAUUUUAUGGACGUUUUCACUUGGUCGUUACCUUUUGUUGGUGAGAAGGUGACUGAUAUGUUGGUUAGUAUAUUGAAUGUUUGUACCGAGGAAGAAUUGGAUGAAGAGGCACCAUUUUCCGAAGCGCAAAUUGGUGUUGCGGGAACCACACCACCCAGUGUUUCGACAUCACCAAGAGCCAAACCACCUUCAGCCUUCUCUACGGAAACUACCGGGGGGAUGCAAACGGAUCUCACUUUGGAUGAGAAAAGGUUGGCUUUGAGGAACAAAAUUAUAGCCAUUGGGAAAAUGUCGCGGAUGUUUCAAGUUUUACGUGAAGAGCAAGAAAGUGUGGCCCAUUUAAAAGCAUUGAAUCGUGGUCAACUACCCAAAGGAUCAUUAUUGCAUGGAAAGGAGAGUAUUGAGAAUAACAUUCUCACAUUUGAACAAGCUAAAGCUGCUGAUCGUGUGAAUGAAGCAUUGCCUCCAAGUUAUGAAGACAUGAAGAGAAGGGACGAACAAAGAGGAAAACGUAUUAAAAACCAAAUUGAGAAUCAAGAAGGAGGCAGUCCCGUAUUUCAGAAGUUCAUGCGUAAAUUAUCUAGAUAG